CGCGCACGUACGGUUUACACUUUGAUAUUUAACGUAAUCACGCGUUUAAACUUAGCCAGAGUAGAUUUCACCAUGUUACUGAAUGGUUGCGCUUCGCGUCAAUAAUGUACGCGGUACCGGUAUGGUGAAUUAAAGUUACUUAAUAAUUUAAGAACAUUUAUUUAUUUUAAGACAGUUGAUAAACUUUAUUAAUAGAAGUGAACAUGGACGUGCCGGCAAAGGGAAAUGUUUUGGGCAAGGUGGUACCAGCGCGGUACAUCCUCGCCAUCCUCGGCUCCAUAGCCAUGGCCAUCGUCUACGGGCUGAAGGUCAACCUGUCUGUAGCCAUGGUGGGAAUGCUGAACUACACCGCCAUCAAGGCUUUAGAGGGGGAAGCAGGGAGCCACUCCGCCGCUGCAAAUUCAAGCAACGACUGUGGGAGCAACAGCGCUGGGAACGUCACUCAUCAGGAAAUCGACGGUCCUUUCACAUGGGGAAGCACAACGCAAGGCAUCGUGAUGAGUUCGUACUUUUGGGGAUACUUCAUCUCACAGAUUCCAGGGGCGCGGAUAGCGGAGCUGUUCUCAGCCAAAUGGGUGAUGUUCUUCAGUGUCACCAUCAACGUCGUGUGCACGCUGCUCACACCCGUGAUGGCUGAGUGGGCCGCCGCAGCCGCUGUGGUCAUGAGAAUCGGCGAGGGGAUUGGCGGGGGGGUAACGUUUCCCGCUAUGCACGUGCUGCUGUCGAAAUGGGCGCCGCCGGCGGAGCGGAGUGUCAUGGCAGCCCUGGUGUACGCCGGGACGUCGCUGGGCACAGUCAUUUCCAUGCUGCUGGCAGGCAUACUCACAGCUCAGCUGGGUUGGGAGAGUGUGUUCUACGUGAUGGGAGGGCUGGCAGCGAUCUGGUGCCUGCUGUGGGUGGUACUGAUCCAGGACUCUCCGCAGCAGCAGCCCCUCAUCAGCGCAGAGGAGCGGAACAUGAUCGUCACGUCCUUGGGAGGAAAGAGCGACGAUCACGGUCAUAAGAACCUGCCAGUACCAUGGCGCGCAGUGCUGACAUCUCCUCCGUUCCUGGCCAUUCUGGUGUCUCACGCCUGUUCCAACUGGGGCUGGUACAUGCUUCUCAUCGAGCUGCCAAUGUACAUGAAGCAGGUCCUCAAGUUCGAGAUGACUGAGAAUGCCGUCACCACCGCCAUGCCAUUCCUGACGCUCUGGUUCUUCAGCAUGGGGCUCAGCAAGACCUUGGACUGGCUGCGAGGCCGUGGCAACAUCACCACGACUACGGCUAGAAAGAUCGGUACUUUGUUUGCUUCUGUGGUCCCAGCGAUCUGCCUGUUGGCGGUUUGCUACAUCGGCUGCAACCGAGCCGCGGCCGUAGCUCUCAUGGCGAUCGGAGUUACUUGCGUCGGCGGGAUGUUCUGCGGGUUCCUGUCCAACCACAUCGACAUAGCGCCUAACUUCGCAGGAACCUUAAUGGCGAUCACGAACACCGUAGCCACAAUUCCUGGCAUCGUCGUACCCAUCUUCGUUGGAGAAAUAACCAAAGGAAAUAAAACCAUAACGGCCUGGCGCGUGAUAUUCUUCGUGACGAUAGCGCUGUAUGCGCUGGAGAUUCUCGCGUACACGAUCUUCGGCUCGGGCGAGGAGCAGCCGUGGAACAAAGUGGAACAGGAGGAACCCGCGGAACACAAGCCGCUCAACAAUGACACUGAGAAGACACAUGUGUAAUCUGAAAUAUUCAAAUUGUGCUAUGUGGAAAGAAGAAACUUUUCCCCUGCUGCGCUUAGAGCAGUUAGUAUAUGUAAAUUUCCAGAAACAAUCCGCUCAACAAUGGUACUGAAGAAACACUCGUUCAAACUAUAAAAAAAGAUUUCUGCUCUCCUCCUGGACUCAACUUUCGUUCCGCUGCGAAUGCUGCGAUAAAUGAAGUAGACGCUUUUCUGCUUUAUUGAACAGAAAAAUAACCAAGUAUGAAAAUUUGUAGAAAACCGUGAUAUUCUUCGUGACUAGCGCUGUAUGCGCUGGAGAUCCUCGCGUACAUGCACGAUCUUCGGCUCCGGCGAGGAGCAGCCGUGGAACAAGGUGGAACAGGAGGAACCCGCGGAACACAAGCCGCUCAACAAUGACACUGAGAAGACACAUGUGUACGUAAUCUAAAAGAAACGUUCAUUUUCUCAAUGGAAAAAAGAAACUUUUGUCUCGCUAAGAUAAAUAAUUGACGCUUUUAGCCUGCUUUCAUCAGAAAAAUACCUACCCAGGUAUUUUCAAAAGUUAAUUUCUAGGAACAAUCCGCUCAACAAUGAGACAGAAGAAGCACUCGUUCAAACUAAAAAAAAAAUCCACUGUACAUAAAGCUGAGCAUCACAAAAAUAUGAUUAUAAUUCUAAAUUGUGAUGGUAUAAAAUAUUGUGACGGU